AAGGACAAACGUGGGAUUGGCAUAAUGCCACACCUAAUCUUGAAAGCUCUUUAGAUGUUGCAGACGAUAUAGCCGUAAAUGCUAGUAAACAAACUAGUGAAAUAUUGGAGGGAGGCAGUACUGAUACAGUUGAUCAGCCACACAUGGGCACCACAUCUGCAGCACAAGCGGGUGCCACCUGUGACACGUCUGCAGCACAGGUGGGUAUGUUGACACCUCUUUCCAACGCAACACCACCACCUCUGAACACUGAAGAUCAACCACGUACCUCACGCAAACGACUAGCAUGGCGGCCAGCCAGGUUGAUGGAUUAUGUGAGUGGAGAUGAGUUAUUAGAUGAUGACCCCUUUGCAUAA